GGUUGUUCUAGUUCAGUGUGCUUCAGUCGUGUGCUAGUGUUGUGAACUCGCAUGUCGAUGCAGCUGCUUUCACUAGUUCUCCUGAGCUGAAGAGAGAACUGGAUGGUUAAGAGGUAAACUGGCAAAGAUCAAGUAUUUUGUAGACAUCCCACCACAGUGCACUUAUGAAGGUGUUGAGUGGCCACGUUGUGACAAAAUCACAGGCUGAGGACAGCAUGGACCUAUUCAUCAUGCCAGCCCCAGCUGUUCAUGUGAAUUCGGGACCCUCCCCGUUUCAGCAGGCAUCUGAAAGCAACUUGAUCGACUCCUCCCAUGCUGAAAAUAUCAACAGAAGGCAUUGGAGGAGGCUUUUCCGGCGAGUGCAGAGAAAAAGCAUGGAUUAUGAUCGUGCUCCUCCACCACAAAAAAAGAUGCUCUUUGGACGAGCUCUGUCUGACAUAUGUGAAAAAUGUGACAGUCCUCCCGAACCCAUUAUGGACAUUCUCUCAGUGUUGUGGAGAAAGGGCCCACACACCCUUGGACUGUUCAGGAAAGCUGGCAAUGCCAAGCGUCUGAAAGAGAUCAAGGAACAGCUCAACAGUGGAGCAGAAGUGGAUCUGAAAGAUGAGCCUGUGAUUUUACUCGCUGAUCUUCUCAAGGACUUUCUGAGGCACCUGCCUGGCAGUUUACUGCUGGUGGAGCAGUACAAGGCCUGGAUGGCAGCAAUGGAAAGACAAGACAUACAUGAGAGGUGUACUGAGCUUCAAAUGGUGAUUAAUAAGCUUCCAGAGCCCAAUAUUCAACUCCUGAAACACUUGAUUGCUGUGCUGUACCACAUAAGUCUCAAGGCUGAAAUAAACAAGAUGGAUUCCAGCAAUUUAGCUGUCUGUGUUUCACCCAAUUUACUCGAAGCUGACAGGGUAGAAAUGGUGAAAAAUGUGUCGAACCUGACUCAGUUCCUCAUUGACAACUGUUGUGAAAUAUUCAGUGAAGAUAUACUGACACUUCUUGGGGACUCAGAAGAGGAAGAGCUCAGUGAUAACCAAGAUUCAAUGUCCUCGCUCCAUCAUGAUUCUGCCUAUGACAGCAACGACCCUGAUGGGAGCUUCACAGAUAUGCAUGCCAUCCAUUCUGAUGCUGAAGAGAAAACUCUGAAUCACUUUGAAGCCUCCUCCUGCCCUGUAGAGAGACACACUCCUAAACCUUUCAUUCGCAGGUGCUCGGAGCCAACAAUUGGCUUCAACAAGGGUGCUCGAAACCAGGGUGCUUUAACAAGGAGUCAAACAGAGAUGGACUUUUAUGACCAUCAUUUGACAAAACAAAUAUCGGAUGAGUGUGUUUUGUUUAGGACAGGCAGCAGGAUGUCGAAUGAGCAGAGGAGCACCUGCGUUUUGCCUUCUGGUGAACAUCAUCUCCAGAAUAAAGAAUCUAAAGACUCUUGCUCUUCCUUGGAGAGCACCUUCUCCAGUGCCUCAGAGAGCUCUAUCCACACCAGCUCUCCAAUCAUCUCCUCAGCCACCCAGCGACGAGCCCUCCUGCGCAAACAGUCCUUCCCCACACGUCUAGCAGCACAGGGAAGCGAGGCCACCAAAAAACGCUCCCAAUCGAUGAAGGCCUCAAGCUCUCGGAAUAAGACAAGCUUUUCCCAAGGUGCCAGCAAACGAGUUGAGAAGGCUUUACGCCACAGUCAGACUCUGCCUGAGGUGCUUCUUCUUGACAGGACUUUUCUCGCACCACAAAAGCCCUGCUGUUUGUCGAGCGAGGAAGUGUUUCAUCAGGUGGACAGCAGGAUUCCAAGUAAGCCUCCGUCCUAUGAGCAGGCCAUUCAGGACAACGCCCACAUGCCACUUUCACAUUGUAGCUCAUUGACUGUUGAGGCUGCCAGGUGUCUGUCACAGAACACAUGCUGUCAGUCCACAUUCCCAACUGAGGAAACGUCAGAUUCCUGCUCAGUAAAAGACUGUAACGAAGGCGGAGAGAAAAGUCAGACUUUGGCUGCACCUGCAACUUCAGCACAGUCAGGAAAGGGGUCCAUUUCUGUGGCUAUGUAUGAAGCAUGUAACACCACACUGUCACAAUGUCGUGGACAGCAAAUGCUGGAGACAGUGAAUGUGAGAGAGUCGUAUGUGUGACUUAUGUUAAGUUCUUUGCAUCUAUGAUCUGUGGUUUUGCUACAGAUAUGUCAUAUUUUGUCAAAAUGCUUUGUGUAAUAAAGCAGGCAUUAGAGCAACUUUGGCUUCUACACCCUUAAAAAGUGGUUCUUCAGUGGUUCUUUAAUGAAUGGUUAUUAUAUAUAGAACCAUGCCAGCUCAAGGAACCAUUUGAAUGCUUAAAUGGUACUUUGCUUGGUAAAACUGUUCUUCUCUAUGAUUGAAAACCUGUUGCAUAUGGUUCUUUAAAGAACCUCUCCAUGGUACAGUAUUGAACCUUUUUUGUACUUUUUACUAAGACUGUAGCAGCUUCUACGAAGUUUAUCAUUUUGGAAGAGUGUAGAAAGUUGAUACGAAAUCCAGAUAUGUUGCAAUUUCUGAAUUGUAAUUGGAUUUAUGGGUAUUUGUUGUAUUUUCAACUUUGUCCUGACUAUCAGAAAGAUUUGUUGAGUGACCUCACAUAGCAACAAAAUGUCACUGAAAGGCACUUUGAGACAAUGUUACCACUACAAAACGUGAAAGGAAUGGAAAACUGAUGUCAUAGUACGCAGUCAGUGAGACUGCAUACCAUUAUGGGACCUGUAAUAAUUAAAAAGACCUAGGCCUCCACGCCCAACAAUGUAUAAAGAGUCAUAUGGGUGGAUUUCCGAAACUGCUUGUGGACACACCAAACACAUGAUGAUGUAGUGUCUAUUGUUGACGGGAAACACACAUAGAGUAGAAAAAAUGUGAAUAUUUUUGGGUACAUCUUGUGUAAAUUCACUGUAGAUAAAUACUUUGUGUAAAUACACACGGCAAUGUAAGCAUGAUAUGCAAUAAACCUUUCCUAUCCUAUCA